AUGGCGCGCCCCCAUCCUGAAGGCGUGCACGCCGUUCCCAAUGGGAAGAGGGAGCAAUUUGGGAGCCGGUUCUUGAGCGACCCAACGCGCGUCUUCCAGCACAACGCUUGGGACAAUGUCCAGUGGUCGGAAGAGCAGGCCGCGGCGGCAGAGAAGAAAGUGCAGGAGAACAGUGCCCAGCGAGUGCCCCAGGAGAAGCAAGUUGAUUACGAGCUCAAUGCCCGCAAAUACUGGGAUGACUUCUACAAGAUCCACGAAGAUGGGUUUUUCAAGGAUAGACACUGGCUUUUUACCGAGUUCCCAGAGCUGGCACCCAGCCCAAACCAAAAUCACCCGAAGAGCCUGCCCUCAGAGGCCAAGCGGAGGGAGACCCUGGAGUGUGACCGCAGUGAGGACGGACCUGGUUUAGCAGUAGAACAGGACAUGUGUCUGUCGAACCGGGUGGCAGAGAAAACGGGGGCACCUUCUGUGGAGCAAAGUGUCACCCAGAAGCCCAGUCACCUGGAACAGGGUGCUGCCGAGUUUCCUGGAUCCUCGGCCACCUACCGAAUACUCGAGGUUGGAUGCGGUGUGGGAAACACAGUCUUUCCAAUUUUACAAACUAACAAUGACCCGGGGCUCUUCGUUUACUGCUGCGACUUUUCAUCGGCAGCUGUGGAGCUGGUCCAGACAAAUCCGGAGUAUGACCCUUCUCGGUGCCUGGCCUUUGUGCACGACCUGUGUGAUGAAGAGCAGAGCUACCCGGUGCCCAGCGACAGUCUCGAUGUCAUCGUCCUCAUAUUUGUUCUCUCGGCAAUUGUUCCAGACAAGAUGCAGAAGGCUAUCAGCAGGCUGAGCCAGCUUCUGAGGCCGGGGGGCAUGAUGCUGCUGCGUGACUACGGCCGCUAUGACAUGGCGCAGCUUCGCUUCCGGAAAGGUCAGUGUCUGUCAGAACAUUUCUAUGUGAGAGGUGACGGCACCCGAGUCUACUUCUUCACACAAGAUGAACUGGACACCCUUUUCACUGCUGCCGGGCUGGAGAAAGUUCAGAACCUGGUUGACCGCCGGCUGCAAGUCAACCGGGGGAAGCAGCUGACCAUGUACCGAGUCUGGAUUCAGUGCAAAUAUCGCAAGCCUCUGUUGUCCGGCACCGGCUGAGAGGCACCGGCUGAGAGGCACCGGCUCCCCUCCACAUGGGCUGGGGCGUCCCGCCUGCAGCAGACAUCCACAAGCCACGUCACGUUAGUGGCGAGCCAACCAAGGACUCCAGCAGCCUUCGCGAACCUCGGGGACGUUACUUUUUAUCCAGAUUCUAACAGUUCAACUGCUUUUUAUGUGUGACGCUCUUUAAUACAUCCUUUUUCAGAGACUGUCUCCCCAUUCUAAUGAGAACUUUUAUCUGUGGGACUCUUAACGUUAGAGAGCCUCGAGACUCUGUCCCCAUGUAAGUGUGUUGUAGAUGAUAAUAAAGUGGUUGGAAUGUUCGUUGUGCUACUACGGUAUUUGGAGUUCACGUACUUCGGCUAGGUAAAUGCGAAGAUGAAUAGUUUCAUAACUAACAUAGGAGGCUCGAGGGGGAAGAACUGUAUCCCUGUAUGAAGGUUUACUUGACUCAGAAAGCCCCUAAAGAGCUUCAAAAUGGGGUUUCCACUGAAGGACGGGGUCCUGGUCUCCACUUAAGGCCAUAGAUGUUUCUAAGCACACUCCCCCGAAGCACCUAGUGAAUAGAGAGAUUCUUCGGUACUGCUUUUUAAAUGCUCUUUUUCGGUUGGUGCCCUUAACUGUUGGAUACAAAGACUUUAAGGGACUUAAUUUUAGCUGCACUGCGUCACUGUGACCACUGGUCACCCUGCUACACUUUGAUGUCCUGUCUUUUUCAGUUGCCACCUUUUUGUUUCUGUUGGUGUGAUCUUUAUUUUAGCAAAUACAUUUUUGCUACAUUCCUGUA